CACAACACUAUUUUUCUGGGAUCAAAAAGAAAAACUCAGACAGUAUCCAUCACAUUUUUCUCUACCACAGAAGAACCUAGAACCACACAGAGAUAGACAGAGUCAAAACAAGAGAGCCAGAGAUCGAGGUUUCAGUUAAGAAGGAGGUAAGAGUAAAAUAUGAAGGCAGCAGAGACGUCGCAGCCAACGGUGCAAAGCCGACAGUUAGGGACUCAGCUGUCGGGAAGCAUGAGUUUCAGCAGCCAAAUGUCGAAGGAAGACGAAGAGAUGUCGAGGAACGCUUUGUCUGCUUUCAGGGCGAAAGAAGAGGAGAUCGAGAAGAAGAAGAUGGAGAUUAGGGAAAGGGUUCAAGCUCAGCUUGGUCGUGUUGAAGAAGAGACUAAGCGUCUCGCUUCGAUCCGUGAGGAACUUGAAGGUUUAGCUGACCCAAUGAGGAAAGAAGUUGCUUUGGUCAGGAAGAAGGUUGACUCUGUCAACAAAGAGUUAAAGCCAUUGAGUCUUACUGUUCAGAAAAAGGAACGAGAGUACAAAGAAGCUCUUGAGGCAUUCAACGAAAAGAACAGAGAGAAGGUGCAGCUAAUCACCAAGCUAAUGGAGUUGGUGGGAGAAAGCGAGAAGAUGAGAAUGAAGAAGCUAGAAGAGCUGAGCAAGAACAUAGAUACACUCACUUUGAGCCCAAGACAGAACAAAGGAACUUCUUGAGGGCCAGAGAUCCAUUCUCUGAGUGUUUUAACCCCACGUUUAGGUUUUGUGAUGAUGAAAUGUAAUUUUAUAAUCGUCGUGUGUUAUAUUACUACUAUUGUUAUUAUCAUACUUUGUUAGGGUUCCUGGAGGGUUUAUUAUGUUUUCUAGGAAGUAAUUUCAAAAACAUACUCAGCUAGUAGUGCUUGUAACUAAACACUACUCUCUUUUUCUACUUCUGUUAAUCCUUUUUUCUACUUCU